CAACAUCCAUUCAUCCAACAUCAUGUGGCCAUCAUCAGAUCAGCUGACGGGUUGUGUUUAUGUUUUUAUUAAUUUAUCAGUCGUAUUCUGUGACGUAUACAAGUACAAUAUAGUACAAACAACAAUGAUUACAAAAAAGUAAGAUAUGAUACAAUAUUCGAAGUUAAUUUAUAACUUAAAAAUUAAUAUACUAUUUUUAGAAUUGUUAAGCAUAUUAGUGCCAAGUGUAAAUUGCGUAUUGCUAGAACAGGACAUCUAUAGGUGCAUUAAUAUGAAAUUUUGUGCAAAUUUGGCUUUUCUAUUUCCCGAAAAAGGUUUACUUAACCGGUAUCAACUUGCCAAAGAGGCGGGCUUUAAGGCAGUUGAAACAGGCUUCCCAUAUGGAUUAGAAAAGGAUGAAGUGGUUGCAGCCAAAAAUGCCAGUGGAAUUCAGCAAAUACUUAUUAAUAUUUAUACAGGGGAUGUAUCAAAAGGUGAAUUGGGUUUUGCAGCUCUCCCAGGCAAAGAAAAGGAGUUUAGAGAUAGCAUAGUGAAAACCAUUGACUUUGCAAAAGGUUUAGGUGCCAAAAAAAUACACAUUAUGGCAGGAAAAUUAGAAGGAAAUGCUACAGAUUGUAAUGAUAGUACAUAUGAAAAUAACUUAAGGUACGCUGCAAACUUACUUGAAAAAGAGAAUAUUUUGGGACUUAUAGAACCAAUCAACAAAUACUCAGUUCCAAAUUACUAUAUGAACUCAUAUGAGAAAGCUAUAGCAGUAUUGAAAAAAAUUAACAGUCCAAAUUUAAAAUUGAUGUUGGACAUAUUCCAUCUCCAGUUGAUUAAGGGAAACAUAGCUCAUACAAUAAACGAACUCAAGCAGUAUAUUGGACAUGUUCAAAUAGCUCAAGCCCCUGACAGAAAUGAGCCAAAUACAAAUGGAGAAAUAAAUUUUAAAUAUGUUCUCGAGACAUUGAAGAGAGAAGGAUAUGAUGACUGGAUUGGACUAGAGUAUAAACCUUUAGGAGACACUAGGGAAGGGCUAAAAUGGAUCGAAGAAUUGGGGUACACCUUAUAAUAAAGAUUGUAUUGUAAAUAAACAUGUUCAUAAAAUAUAUAGUUUAAUUUUUUAAGACAAAUUACAUUGUCACUGCUUAAUUCAUCUGAAGA